AUGUCCGUCCGGAUGGAGCAGCACCGCCUGCCCAAGCGCAGUGCCAGCCAUGGCACCCUCAGGAGCAGCUAUUCGGCCCAAGGUCGACUCGUUGCUGUCGGCCCAUCCCCCUCACGCCCGCUUCACAAACCGCUGCGAAGCGUCGCCGAGAACUCUGUCUUGUUGCCUUCCCCAGGAGCCUUGGAAAGCAUGCUGAAGACGACCACCGAAACUGGAGACAUCGGCAUCUUCAGCAUCAAACCGGUGCCUCCCUCCCCACAGAGACGGAGCACUUUCUCCGAGAUUGGAAGACCAAACCCGCCGCCGCGCCGCUCUAUUGACGAGCUGUACCGCCAGGAUAUGGCCAAGAGGCCACCUUCAAACCGAGAUACCACCUCCGAGAACCUUUCCACGUACGGCACGGAAAGUCAGAAGUCGGGUACCAGUACACUGUCUCCCACAUCCACCGAUGAUAUUGGGCAGCGCUCCUACUCUAUGACAACCUGUGGGUCGAGAUAUUUGUCCCAUUACAAGUCCACCACCACGUUGCAAAGUCAAGGAAGUGGGAGCCACCUUCAACGUCCGCGAUCCCCUUUUCCCUACCCGACACGCCUGAAGCGCCCAGGUGUACGUCCAGCCUCUCCAGCACUGACGGAGAACGGACGAGUGGACUACAGUCGAAUGGUUGAAAUCGACCGCAUAUCCUACAGGACGAUGCACGGUCGCCUCAAGCCGUCGUAUCCUUCGAUGCCACGAAGGCCUCAUGUCCUGGGCUUACGAGCCAAUGCGAACCACUCGACUCCUUCACUGCCUAUUUCAGGCCCGCCGCCUAAUUUCCGUGGUCCUCUGCCUCCUCCAUCGAUUCGGACUCACUCGGCAGCCUCGAUGGCUUCCUGGAAUGCUCCACUUCGCGAGAGACUGCACGUGGAUAGUGCUGGCUCCAGGAGUUCUAGCUUGACCUCCCUGGCGAACAUGUACCAGCGUAUACCGCCUGUACAUAGACCCGGAUCGAGUGCUCUCUCAGCUCCCGCACCACGCUACUACGACUACACCGAAGAUUUCGAGAGCAAAACAACUCAGAUCACAACUCCUGCGCAGCCACUAGCGCCUGUCCCAACCCGAGCGCCAAACUGCCAACGCCCUCUUAUCCUGCAAGAGUCUGACGAUCACCUAGCUGCUGUCUUCGGAGAGGGCGAUUCGGCGUUCUUUGAUAUCGACAGCCAGGAGGUGGAGGAGCCAGAGGCGAAUCGGGUCUCGCAUCUUGUCACUUCGCGAUCUCAGAGUCAUGCCAACACACCAGACCAGCCGUCUUCACGACGAGGCUCGGGGUCUACGCGUUCCCGACAAUUGGCACCGGGCUAUGAGAACUCUGAGAUUAGUAGGAACAACACUCAAUGCAGUGAUAUCGACCUUCUACCGUCACAAGUCCGCAGAGACUCCAUAGACACAUUCAAUCCGAGCCUCGACUUAGAGUCAAGAGACAUGCCGGCGUACAACUAUACAGCCUAUCGAUUGACAGCCACGCCGAAAACCAAGGCCAACUCUCCAGAAAGGCAAGUGCAGGUGCUGGGUGGUCGAACUCCCACCAUUCGGAGUGAGCAAGGGGUCAUUUUAAGAGACGACGCUCAGGAUGAGGCAGUUUCUACAGAAGUGACCAUUGAAAACAGCAGGACUCAGAUCAACGAGGAAGCUGUAGUACCACACUCAGCCAACGACAAUGUCACACAGCUGCGUUCAUUAUCAGGAUCUGCCCAGGGGCUAUCAAAAACUUCUGAUCAACAGGUGAUUGUUGAUGACCACCGCAGAUCUGUCUUUACAGACCUUGCCAGCUUCAAGAACGACCAGGCUGGCUCUUCAUCCGACGAAAGUGAAAACUUGGCGGCAUCAAAGUCUGAUGAUCUUCCAAGCCCUGGCACGAUGGACACAUCUCCAGCUCACCCCAAAAUGGAAGCUUUGAAUGACACAGGGAUCAAAGAAGCGAAAUGUGCAGUGCAAGAACCGGCUGAUGAAGCAUCGGAAGCGGCAUUGAGACUGCGAUUCCGUCGCCACAGGAGGAACCAGGCUGUUUUACGAAUCAGCACCACUGGUUUGCCCAGAGAGGAUAACGAAGGCUUCCCACACUUGACUCCGUCAUAUUCAACAACACCUCUCAUAUCGCCGAAACCUAUCUCACCAACGCGUCAACUCAAGGUCAAGAACAGCAUACCCCAGCUCAUGAAGGCAUUGCCGCCUCUUCCUGGCGAUUCCGACUACAUCUCGCCACAAACGCCGACCGCCGCUGGCGAGGAAGACGAAUUCGCUGAGGUCCUUGCCCCAUUCAGCUUCCCCGACCCCGACCCGUUGGCACAGGGUCCGUUCAAGAACCCGAGUGCCGCACAGUCGGCGUCGAGCCUGCCACGUGUGCUGGCUCAAAGCACCCAGAAAGCUCUUCCAAAAUCUGGGCUAAAGCUGAAGACAUCCAAUAGCUCCGAAAAUCCGAGCUCCUCCGGUCGCAAGCAUCGAAGCACAGAUGUUGAACAUGGUUCGGUUCAUACCCCGGAUACUGAAGUGGAUGGCAACUCAGGCGACAGAGAUGCCCGAGUACGCGCUCGCAACCGACUGAAGCUAAAAUCCUCUCGAAGAACGGGGAUCCAAAGUCCUCCAACAGGUUCUUUCCGCCGCUACCCAGUCGCGAAAGCAUCUGAUGCUGUCACCGAACUUACAAGCCGCAAACCACAAGAUCUGUUCACCAAGCCAACCGAAAUGAACUCGAUGCUACGCCAAGUGAACCAUAAAUCAUCGCAGCUGCCUAAUGGAGAUACUCCUGCUUUCCGAGCCAGGACUGAGGAGAUCUUUCCGUACGAAGCAUCACACCAGUCUGAAGGACAAGUAUCUCUGGCGUCUACAAGCCAUACAAUGAGGACGUCUCGCCACAAAGGAUUCCCAGCUAACAACAAUUCCGGUGUAAAACAUACUCGGGGUUUGAAAAUGCAUCUGUCGAACCUACGUUCAUUAUUGGCACUACGUCCGAGCACCUCACACGUCCCGACUACGGUUCCACACCGGCUUGCGACCGAUGUUCACAUCAAGACGAAUGAUAUAAAAGAAGAUCACGUUGGCUUGACAAAUGUCAGAAUUUCCAGUGGACCUUCGACUGUGAUUGAGGUGCUAUCGACAACCGGAAGCAUGCGUGCCCCAGUCGGCAGGCGGAUACGUGUGAAGCUCUCCAAAUGGGUGAAGGGCACGAGAAGGGCGGUACGAAAGCGCGUGAACAUGAGCCAUGGCGCCUGA